AUGAUGAACACUUCCCCAAGCAUUUUCAAAGUUGCAGUGCCUUGCAAGUUACCGGGCAAUGUCGCCGGAUUUGACGACACCUCUUUCAGCAUUGAUUUAGGCCAUUUCGGCGAGCAAGACAGUAGCUACCGCACACAAAAUCUCGGAAAUCAGUUUCAGCGCGAAACUGUUACUCACCGUGAGAAAGGAGUUUUCGUUCAGUGUAUCUCCCGUGAAGUCAUUCACGGGCUUGUGGAUCCUAAUUCCAAUAAACCAGCAAGUCUACUUGUAUACGACUUCUGCUUUGACGCCAAAGGACCUACUCGUCGCAUCUUAUCGGCUGAUAUUACUUUUAUAUUCAGUAGCAUUGACGAGGAAGUGGAAGCGCCACAGGUGCAUAAAAUUGCUCCCGUCGGAAAACAUCUUUGUAUGUUCACAAAUCAAACCGAGUCAAUAACGGCGAGUGGGGAGGUCAAUGCAAGCGCAGGGUACUUGGGAGCGAACUUGGGGAUAGGUGGCAAGAGGGAGAGAACAGUCUCCAAGACUACAAGCGAUGCAGCAUCUGUCACAGGUUUCAUGAAGUGUGACACAUUCGGCACCAAUAUUGGAGCAAGAUGGUACAUCGAGGAGAACUACACAGAGAGAAAGGGGAUACCGCACUCUCUUCGGGUCGCUCUUCUUCUUCAUCGAGAAGACCAAGCCAAUUUUCAGUGUGUGACAACUAUCAGUGUAAAAGCUGACUGGAAAACCGAGCUGAGACGAUUUAUUGGAUCUUCGGAGGAUAAAGACGACCCGAUUUUGUUUGAUACAGCUAUCCCUCCAACAAGCACCCUACACGACAUCCAAAAUUUAGGGGCGAUCAACUUGGAAAAAAUAUUUGACAUCACCUCAUCAUUUUCAAACCCCAAGCCUGAGUUGAACAUCCCAUCGUUAGGUGAUGGAGUCGAUGCCGUGCUAAUUGACGAAAUACAAUUGGACUUCACAGGCUCUGAAGAGGAGAGCUUAAGAGUGGUCUCGAGUAUUGAGGAGACUACCAAGACAGUCAACAUUGACUUUGUAGUCAUCCAUGGACUAUUCGGUAAAGAGUUGAAUAGAGAUCGAUGGUUCGAUUGUGGACCGGAUAGUUGGCUUACCCAGUAUGCCAACUCCUUGAAAUCGAAUUCCCGGAUCAUCGAGUUCAAAUAUAACGCGAGUGUUAUCGUGGAUGGAGACUCGGAAGAGACCAUUUCUGGAAUUCGUCAGAUUGCAUUGAGUUUGUUGAGCAAGCUCAAGAAUUUGAGGAAGGGUGAAGUUACUCGAACAAUCAUGUUCCUUGGUCGUGGCAUAGGCGGAAUCAUCGUUAAAGAUGUAAGACCUUCAAAGAAUUCCACUCACGCAAUGACUCACAAGUUAUCACAGGCUUUAGUGGCUGCUUCAACUGGAAUGGGGGAUUGGGAUGAUAUACUCGAUUACAGUCGAGUCCUGUUAUUCUCCGACUGUCCCCACAAGAGUCGAGACCGAAAUCGAUUAGAGAACAGUCUGGGCUAUACUUUAUUUGCAACACGGCCAGACUUCUCCCAGAGCGCUAGCCCAUUGUUUUUUACAGGAUCGUUGAUAUCAAAGCUCGCUUCUGAGGUUAUGGAGGUCAAUGCCUCAUUCAUAUUGUCCAAGCUUCAUCUAAGAAGCCAUCUCAUCAGUAUUUACGAGGAAAGAAAGAAAGCCGACUAUGUUGAUGAUCAUAACAAUGGUUGGAGCACCAAAAUUAUUGAAACAAGGUCUGAGGAAGAUACCCAUAAGAGUAGCGUCUUAGAUCAUCUUGAUGACUUGAAAGAAUGCAUAAUACCUCUUCAUGAGUCAAGACUACGUCAUGAGCGCCUUCUUUUGUCUUUAGCAACACCGUUGCGACCUCUAAUUACCCCUUUAAACGAGACUUGGUGGUUGAAAGACUAUACGAAAUACAAACAAUGGCUUGAUUCCCCAGGAACGCAGCUCUUAUAUCUGCACGGUAAUGUAGAUGACGUAAUUCAGGAAGCGGCAUCACAAGCAUUCUAUCACCUUGAACGAGUGCAGAGAACACGAGACAAACAAUUUCCGGUGCUCUUCUUUGAAUUCGACUCAUGGGAUGCCCGCCGUUGCUCUUUAUCUCACAUGCUGUCCACUUUCAUUGCCCAAUUGACAUGUCACUACCCAGAUUGGAAGAACAACAUUGAAUAUAUGAGCUCUUGUGUUGAGAAAGAGCGUGGCUGGACCUACCGUGACCUGGUUAGUUGGUUUACGUUAUUUAAUCGCAUAAAACAGUCGAUUGUGAUUAGCCGUUUCGACGAAUGUGACAUAGAGUCUCGCAGGGCGUUUUUAGACUUGAUAUCAUAUACUGCUCGGAUGAGUGAGCAUCCUUGGAAGAUUGUUGUGACGAGUGGAACAUCUAAAGUGUUACUAGAAGAAUUGCGAAGCUGGCCAGAGGUUGAUAUCGUUGCGCAGUCUCCAGAGGAUUAUGCAGGAAGCAUGCGACCGCGGAAUUCUCUUACGCAUAGAGAAAACAUGAUGUUGCAAAAAUAUCUAUUGCGUUUCCCUAGGCUGGGCGAUCAUGAUCGUUCAAUCAUAUUGAAGCACCUAGCGGCAAUAAAUAUUCCACUGCUGAAGACUCAAUUAUGGGGAGCUCUAUCUUCUAUAAAAGUUGAAGACAGCGAAGAAAUCUUAGAAUCAGUAUUGGACAGUUACUUUCGGGGCAUACCAGAUCAGAACGUUGCGAAAUGCGCACUAAUGUGGCUUCUUCACUCGAAGAGGCCAUUGUCCAAGAGGGAACUUGCCGAGAUCAUGUUUCUUGAGAGCGAGAAUGAUCGUGGAAACGACAGAUCUCCCGACCCAUCAGAAGUUGAUAAUUUCGUGGUGAAGUUAGAGCUAUGGUUUGCAGGGUUUAUCGAAGUUGAAAAUGAUGAGAUGUUUGUACGAAACGGCAGACUAAGAGAAAUUCUCGGAAAACAUGAAAGAAAAUGUUCGGAUAACUAUUGGUGGAUCGAGGCUUCAGAGGCCGCUCAUUUCAAAAUAGCAAAGACAUGCUUGAAGUACCUCUCGUUACCGGACACACAAAUUAACUUGAAAAUCCCGAAUGGUGCUAUGAGUGAGCGGAAUCCAAGACUCUGUUUAGGUAAUCUCUUGUCAUAUGCUGUACAGUAUUGGUUUCAACACUUUCAAUCUGCAAAAGACUCACAAAAUUAUCCUCUGGAGAUACUGAUAGGUCUAAUUCAAAACAUUGACCUUGAGAGUUGGUCGAGGAUGUUUUGGGAGUUAUCAAGCCCAAUAACAAGGAGUCCUUCUCCCUGGGAGUCACCAUUUCCAAUUUUUGCUGGCCAAGGUGAAAUAGAUCUCAUCAAAAGCAAGAAUGACGAAGACUUCGGCGCAGGGUUAGUUGAAGCAAGUUUAAAUGGCAGGCAGUCUACGGCUCACAGAAUGCUAGAUAUUCACGAGUGCCCGACGCCUAUCCUUCUCAAUGCUAUUCAGUUAUCUACUGCAGGAGGGCAUGAGCAAUUGGCAAUUGACCUUUUAGGUCGUUUGCCGACUGAAACCAAACUGAGUAUUCAGCAGUGGGGGACAAAUAUUCUUUGGAGGUCAGCCAGAGCAAACCUUCAUCGUUUGGCAGACACUGUGCUCAGUAUGGGAUGCGGUCCUGAUCCUGAAGCAAAGUAUGGCAGUGAAUGGAACAUGACACCUUUGUCCCAAUGUUCGAUUGACGGCCACUUGGAAAUGACCAAAGUUCUCGUGAAACAUAAAGCGAACGUGGAAUUCCCAGGCUUGAGGAACCGAACUCCGUUGGCAAUGGCUGCUUUAGAAGGCCACGCCAACGUAGUUAGAUUUCUAGCAACACAAGCCAAUGCCAAGAUAGAUGUUAUUGAUAUAGAUGGUCGUAGACCAAUAGACAGCUCUUGUGUGUGGGGGAAUCAGGAAGUUGUGAUGGAAUUGCUGCGACUCGAACCAUACCUAAAAUACUCAUCUGAAGAUCAGAAUUCACCACUAGUCGCGGCUGCACAAAAUGGAAACGAUGAAUGUGUUAAGAUUAUAAUUGGCGAUGAGAAAGCUGAUAAGGCACGGGAAUUCUCCCCUCACUGUAACAGUCAGGGUCGGCAACGAAGGAAUCGUCAAACUGCUGCUCGAUCAUCGCCCGCGCCCAAAGGUUAA